AUGGAGCCGAGCGCCGGCAUGGUUGCCGGAUCUUACCGGAGAAACGAGCUUGUUCGGAUCCGACGACACGACUCCGAUGAAGAGCCAAAACCCCUGAAAAAUCUGAGUGGUCAUAUAUGUCAAAUCUGUGGUGAUGAUGUUGGACUCGGACUCACUGAUACUAGCAAUGUCUUUGUUGCUUGUAAUGAAUGUGCCUUCCCUUUGUGCCGUCCUUGUUACGAGUACGAGAGGAGAGAUGGAACUCAGUGUUGUCCUCAGUGCAAGACUAGAUUCAGAAGGCACAAUGGGAGUCCUCGUGUUGAAGGAGAUAAAGAAGAAGAUGAUGUUGAUGAAAUCGAGAACGAGUUUGAUUAUACACAGAGAAACAACAACAAGGCAAGAAGACUCCCACAACGCGUUGAAGAGUUCUCUUCCUCAUCUCGACAUGAAUCUCAACCAAUCUCUCUUCUCACUCAUGGCCAUCCAGUUUCUGGAGAGAUUCUUACACCGGACACACAAUCUGUACAAACUACUUCAGGACAAUUGGGACCUCCUGAUAGGAAUGCUGCUCUGUCUCCUUGUAUCGACCCGCAGCUACCUGUGCCUGUAAGAAUCGUGGAUUCAUCGAAAGACUUGAACUCUUACGGGCUUGGGAAUGUUGACUGGAAAGAAAGGAUCCAAGGUUGGAAGCUGAAACAGGAGAAGAAUAUGUUACAGAUGAGUGGUAAAAUUCAUGAAGGGAAGGGAGGAGAGAUUGAAGGGACUGGUUCCAAUGGUGAAGAACUCCAAAUGGAUGGUGAUGCUCGGCUUCCUAUGAGCUGUGUGAUUACUAUUCCAUCCUCUCGCAUGACACCUUAUCGUAUUGUGAUAGUUUUCCGGCUCCUCAUUUUGGGAGUGUUCUUGCAUUAUCGUGUAACUCAUCCCGUGAAAGAUGCAUAUCCCCUAUAUGAUCGAGAUGGUGAACCAUCACAGCUAGCUCCGGUGGAUGUGUUUGUUAGCACGGUGGAUCCAAUGAAAGAGCCUCCUCUUGUAACAGCAAACACGGUUCUCUCAAUUCUUGCUGUGGACUACCCAGUGGAUAAAGUUGCGUGUUAUGUUUCAGACGAUGGCUCUGCUAUGCUAACUUUUGAAUCCCUUUCUGAAACGGCUGAGUUUGCAAGAAAAUGGGUACCGUUUUGCAAGAAAUUCAGCAUUGAACCCAGAGCUCCCGAGUUCUAUUUUUCACAGAAGAUAGACUACUUGAAAGACAAGAUCCAACCUUCUUUUGUCAAAGAGAGACGAGCAAUGAAGAGAGAGUAUGAGGAGUUUAAAGUGAGGAUCAAUAUCCUUGUUGCAAAAGCACAGAAGAUGCCUGAAGAUGGCUGGACAAUGCAGGAUGGUACUCCCUGGCCUGGUAACAACCCUAGAGACCAUCCUGGGAUGAUUCAGGUUUUCUUAGGCCAUAGUGGAGGUCUGGAUACCGAUGGAAACGAGCUACCUAGGCUCAUCUAUGUGUCCCGUGAAAAGCGUCCUGGAUUUCAGCACCACAAGAAGGCUGGAGCUAUGAAUGCCCUGAUCCGUGUUUCUGCUGUGCUAACCAAUGGGGCAUAUCUUUUGAACGUGGACUGUGAUCAUUACUUCAACAACAGCAAGGCGGUCAAAGAAGCCAUGUGUUUCAUGAUGGACCCUGCUAUCGGAAAGAAGUGCUGCUAUGUGCAGUUCCCACAACGUUUCGACGGUAUUGACUUGCAUGAUCGAUACGCCAACAGGAACAUUGUCUUUUUUGACAUUAACUUGAAGGGGUUGGAUGGUAUACAAGGUCCUGUGUAUGUUGGUACUGGUUGCUGUUUCAACAGGCAGGCCUUGUAUGGAUAUGAUCCUGUUCUAACAGAGGAAGAUCUUGAGCCUAAUAUUAUUGUAAAGAGCUGUUUUGGCUCAAGGAAGAAACGAAAGAGCAGCAAGAAACAUAACGACGAACAAAACAGAAACAUCAAGAGAAGUGACUCCAACGCUCCGCUUUUCAAUAUGGAAUUGGAAGAUAUUGACGAGGGUGUUGAAGGCUAUGAGGAUGAGAUGUCUCUUCUUGCGUCCCAGAAAAGUCUGGAGAAGCGUUUUGGUCAGUCACCGGUGUUUAUAGCAGCUACUUUCAUGGAACAAGGAGGUCUUCCACCAACAACCAACCCUGCGACUCUUCUCAAGGAGGCGAUUCAUGUCAUAAGCUGUGGUUAUGAAGCCAAGACUGAAUGGGGCAAAGAGAUUGGGUGGAUCUACGGUUCUGUGACAGAAGACAUUCUUACUGGCUUCAAGAUGCAUGCAAGAGGUUGGAUAUCAGUCUACUGUGUGCCUCCACGCCCUGCGUUCAAGGGAUCCGCACCCAUCAAUCUCUCUGAUCGUUUGAACCAAGUUCUAAGAUGGGCUUUGGGAUCUAUUGAGAUUCUUCUGAGCAGGCAUUGCCCUAUAUGGUAUGGCUAUAAUGGAAAGUUGAAACUCUUGGAGAGACUUGCUUAUGUCAAUACCAUUGUCUACCCUAUUACAUCUAUCCCGCUCCUCGCCUAUUGUACGCUUCCAGCUUUUUGCCUCAUCACAAACAAGUUCAUUAUACCUCAGAUAAGCAACGCUGCGAGCUCGUGUUUCCUACUGCUCUUUAUGUCCAUCUAUGCGACGUCACUCUUGGAGCUCAAAUGGAGUGGUGUGGGCCUUGAGGACUGGUGGAGGAACGAGCAGUUUUGGGUAAUCGGUGGAACCUCAGCUCAUCUUUUCGCGGUCUUCCAAGGUCUGCUCAAAGUUCUUGCAGGGAUAGACACAAACUUCACGGUCACAUCGAAAGCCACUGAUGAAGACGGAGACUUUGCAGAGCUCUACGUCUUCAAAUGGACAUCUCUUCUCAUCCCACCAACCACCAUCUUACUGAUGAACCUUGUCGGCAUUGUGCUUGGUGUCUCCUACGCGGUGAACAGUGGGUACCAAUCCUGGGGACCGCUCAUGGGAAAGCUCUUGUUUGCACUGUGGGUGGUUGCUCAUCUUUACCCUUUCUUGAAAGGUCUUUUGGGAAGACAGAACCGGACUCCCACCAUUGUCAUUGUCUGGUCUGUGCUUCUUGCAUCCAUCUUCUCGCUGCUUUGGGUCCGCAUCAACCCCUUUGUUCCCACCAUUAAGCCUGGUAAUGGCCAGUUUUAG